CUUACCUAUUGCACCUUUGCCCUAUCACCCUCAACAAUAAGGUUCAGCCGCGACUCCUUACCAAAACAAAAAACAAAGCACCAUCCUAGCAGUUUACGAUUCUGCAAUAUCGCAUCUAAUUAUUCACGAGAAAGAUUAGAGGUAUCUGUCUCAUUUACCCAGCCAUCAUCGCAACUCGACCUUUUGAGACCUCGUCGAAAUCGCCGCUCACAAUGGCUCAAGCCUUCUUAACUACCGUGUUAGUCUCUCUACAUUAUUCCCAAACGCCGUAACCAUGGAGUCCCCGUGUUCGCCGCCGCACACCGCCAGCAUGUUUCGAUACUUGAACCCGAAGUCGCUUUUGACGAUGCUGCAGUUGGAAACGACCAUUAUACCCGUCUCGCUAUCGGGAGAACCUCUGAUGUUUGUGGAUGAGUUGACACUUGCUGACCCGGGAACUUUGGUGAAUAGUAACCAGCGGACGAGAAACCAGUUCCGCCCGCGCGUGGGCAAGGGCGGUUCGGCCAGUUAUCAGUUGCGACAAUAUGCUGAGGUGACGCUCGGCGGUGGCAGCUUGCGCAAGGUUGUCAAGCUUCCAGAAGGCGAGGACGAGAACGAAUGGUUAGCUGUCAACAUGGUGGACUUCUAUAACCAGAUCAACCUUCUCUACGGUGCCAUUACCGAGUUCUGCUCACCACAGUCAUGCCCUGAAAUGAAGGCUACUGAUGAGUUCGAGUAUUUGUGGCAAGACAAUGAGAACUACAAGCGUCCAACCAAGAUGCCUGCGCCAGCAUACAUUGAGCAGCUCAUGUCAUGGGUGCAGGCGAAUAUCGACAACGAACAAGUCUUGCCCAGCAAGAUCGGCGUACCCUUCCCCAAAUCAUUCCCAGCGCUGGUUCGCCAGAUCUUCAAACGCAUGUACCGUGUAUAUGCACACAUCUACUGCCACCACUACCCCGUGAUUCGUGAGCUCGGUCUCGAGCCGCACCUCAACACGAGCUUCAAGCAUGAAUCGAAGCCGAACAUCAACCAUCACACCCUUCUUCUCAUCUCCCUCCUUCUCGUCCUCGUCAAAGCAGCCGCCGUCAUGUUCUCGCGACAGGUUCUCCGCGCCGCCCGAGUCGCCGCUCCUCAGCGAGCCCUCGCCCUCCGAGCCGCCCCCGUCCGAUCCUUCGCUGCCGCUGCCUCGACCGAAGUCAAGCCCCCGAUUUCCGUCUUCGGCGUUGAUGGCACAUAUGCUACUGCUCUGUACACUGCCGCCGUCAAGACCUCGAGCAUCGACGCCGCUGCCGAUGCCCUGAACAGACUCGGUGCUCUCAUCGAGAAGGACCCCAAGCUCGCCGCCGUCCUGUCCGCCCCUACCCUCACCGCGGCCGACAAGAAGGCCAUCGUCCAGGAGCUCGAGAAGCAGAUCAACACCAAGGACGAGACCGUCAAGAACUUCCUCGCCACCCUCGCCGAGAACAACCGACUUGGACUUAUCCCCGGUGUUGUUGAGAAGUUCUCUUCCAUCAUCUCUGCCGCCCGCGGUGAGGUUGAGCUCACUGUUACCAGCGCUCAGGCUCUCGACAAGCGAACUCUCAACCGAUUGGAGACUGCCGUCUCCAAGUCUGCCUACGUCGGCCAGGGCCAGAAGCUUAAGGUCACCAACGAGGUUAACCCCGAGAUUGUUGGUGGACUCGUCGUUGAGAUCGGUGACCGAACUAUCGACCUCAGCGUCUCUUCCCGCAUCGCCAAGAUGAACAAGCUCCUCACGGACUCUCUUGUCUCCUUUGCCUCGUCUCGUGGGAUCCGUCACCACGCAAAACUAGCUCUAAGCGGCUUGCCCAUCGACUUCGGGGGCUUCUCUUCCGCCUGUUUCUUUUCGAGUCCUCCAAGCCCAAUUGCUGUUGUAUCCCCGGGCUAG